AUGGCAACUGAUAAUUCUAUGCAUACUUCGGAGAACAGUGAUGUUACUACCUCUUAUGAAUCCGAUACCGUCACAAUCUCCAAGAAAGUUCAUAAUGAACUGAUACAAUCUACUCUUGAAUAUGAGAAUCUGCGACGCAACCUUUAUAAAGGUGGGAUUGCAGAGGAGACUUUGAAUAUCUUGAUCAAGGAUGAUACGAACCCUGAUGAGAAUGGAACCUCGACUAUUCCUGCGACACAUGAAGAUCCCGACAACAGUACUGCCUUCAUGACACAGAUUCCUCCCUCAUCGACUCAGGACACCAACGGCCACCAAGCUUAUACAUAUGGCACACCUCGAAAUGGCACACUUAUUCCCCGUCGUCCUCAAGACUACAAAAGCUUCCAAAAUCAUACCUUCCGGUAUCAAGAUUUCCCAAAUCAUUCGCAUACCAAUGGUUUCGACGACCAAUUUAAUAGUCCAGAUGGUAUGGACACCUUCGAUUUUGAAAGUGGAAACAAUUCGCAGACCAGGCCUCAACGUCCAACUCAUGAAAAAUUUGCCCAGCGCACUGUACUAUUGUUCAAUCUCCCAGAUGGUACCACACAUGCAGACAUUUGCGAUGCUGUUAGGGGAGGAAUGUUGCUGGAUAUCUAUCUUCGCACUCAUGAUCGUGCUGCGAGUGUAUCUUUCCUGGAACAAGCCCAUGCCAAUGAGUUCUUUCGCCAUGUCAAACGUAAUGACUUGUAUAUCCGAUCAAAGAGGGUCGAUAUCCGAUGGAAUGAUAGGCAAUUCAUACUACCGGGCCAUGUUGCAAACAAAGUAGGCAUCGGAGCUACAAGGAACCUUGUCAUUCACAACUGCAACCCCAAACAUACCGAGGAAGUUAUCCGUGAUGACCUCGAGCAUAUCCAUAAUCUCGUUGUAAUCAAGGUUACAUUCAAUGGUUCCAACGCUUACAUCUCGACAAACUCUGUUCACAAUGCAAUGUUUGCUCGCACUUGCAUGAUGAGUCGCAGCACAUACAAAGGUUCAAAAAUCGAAUGGGGUCAUGAUGAAUGUGCAGCCCCACUGGAGAGACGUCAAAGUGUUCAUUCCGACAAUCCUCCUGCCACGAAGAAGAAGACUCCUUUGGUAAAUCGUUUCCAGCUUCUUAACAUCGAUAGGGAGGAGGAUGUAUCAGAGUCAGAGAUUGAGAAUAUGGUUACUUCGGUAAUGCAGACGAUUCCACAAGUCGGACUUGUCGCCUAA